UCCGGCGAUCAGCUUCAGGCUGUGCUCGUCCAAGCUACGUCCAAGCUACUUCCAAGCUACUUCCAAGCUACUUCCAAGCUACGUCCAAGCUACGUCCAAGCUACUUCCAAGCUACUUCCAAGCUACUUCCAAGCUACUUCCAAGCUACGUCCAAGCUGCUUCCAAGCUACUUCCAAGCUACGUCCAAGCUACUUCCAAGCUACGUCCAAGCUACUUCCAAGCUACUGCCAAGCUACGUCCAAGCUACUUCCAAGCUACGUCCAAGCUAUUUCCAAGCUACUUCCAAGCUACGUCCAAGCUACUUCCAAGCUACUUCCAAGCUACGUCCAAGCUACUUCCAAGCUACGUCCAAGCUACUUCCAAGCUGCUUCCAAGCUAUUUCCAAGCUACGUCCAAGCUACUUCCAAGCUACGUCCAAGCUACUUCCAAGCUACGUCCAAGCUACUUCCAAGCUACGUCCAAGCUACGUCCAAGCUACUUCCAAGCUACUUCCAAGCUACUUCCAAGCUACUUCCAAGCCCAAACACAAAUUCAUCAGUUUAAAUAGAUAUUUUUCUCAAAACUGUUAUGUAAGAAACACAGCUGUUGCUUUUUUUCCAAACACUAAUUAUUUGUAUUUUCUUUUCAGUCCGGCGAUCAGCUUCAGGCUGUGCUCGUCCAAGCUACUUCCAAGCUACGUCCAAGCUACUUCCAAGCUACUUCCAAGCUACGUCCAAGCUACUUCCAAGCUACUUCCAAGCUACUUCCAAGCUAAUUCCAAGCUACUCCAAGCUACUUCCAAGCUACGUCCAAGCUGCUUCCAAGCUACUUCCAAGCUACGUCCAAGCUACUUCCAAGCUACGUCCAAGCUACUUCCAAGCUACUGCCAAGCUACGUCCAAGCUACUUCCAAGCUACGUCCAAGCUAUUUCCAAGCUACUUCCAAGCUACGUCCAAGCUACUUCCAAGCUACUUCCAAGCUACGUCCAAGCUACUUCCAAGCUACGUCCAAGCUACUUCCAAGCUGCUUCCAAGCUAUUUCCAAGCUACGUCCAAGCUACUUCCAAGCUACGUCCAAGCUACUUCCAAGCUACGUCCAAGCUACUUCCAGCUACGUCCAAGCUACGUCCAAGCUACGUCCAAGCUACUUCCAAGCUACUUCCAAGCUACUUCCAAGCCCAAACACAAAUUCAUCAGUUUAAAUAG